GACAAGGUUCACCUUCUCAGACUCUGCAUCUGGACAGCACUUAAAGUAUGUUUUACAGAUUUUUCAUGUACCGGCAGCAGCAAAUUAAUCGGGUUUGAGCAUUUUGGGAUUUGACACUCGCAGACACCAGGGUAAUCAUAUGUCGGUUGAACGGUCGUACACGUCAUAUCUGCUCUGGAGAGGUCUUCCAGUUUGAGAUGAGUCUUUGAGAAAGACACAUGGAUGUCUUUGAAGGAAUCCACAAGGUACAGAUUUCCUCGUCUCCACCUUCUUCAGCUCCAUCCAGCCGGGGGUAUGAAGUCCUCGAGGUGAAGGGAUCUGGACUAGCAGUAUACUCCUCUGCAGUCUUCUUCGGGACACCUAAUGUGCUGCAACAGCCUGGGUCAAGACAAAAGGCCAGCAGAAAAGCUGAGGAGGAAGGCUGUGUUGUUGGACGGUUGGUAGAUCUGGAUCCAGAGCCAGAGUCCAGACUGGAGGGAGGAGGCCCGGCCACCUCAAACAGAGACCAUGGCAACCUCUCCCGGCUCCGCAGCUCCUCGCUGGAGAUCAGAGAAAAAGAAAUCCGAGAAAAAGGCUCGGAGAUCCUCAGGGAACAGCUGGAUGCUGCAAAGAGGGAACUGAAACUGAAAGACAAGGAGUGCGAGCGUCUGUCGCAGGUCAGGAAUCAGCUGGAGCAGGAGCUGGAGGAGCUGACGGCCAGUCUGUUCCAGGAAGCUCACAAGAUGGUGAAUGAAGCGAACGUCAAACAAGCAGGAGCAGAAAAACAACUCAAAGAGGCUCAGGGGAAGAUUGAUGUUCUGCAAGCAGAAGUGACCGCUCUGAAGACUCUUGUGUUGACAUCCACGCCUUCUUCACCAAACCGCCAGCUGCAUCCACAGCUGCAGCCUUCAGGAGCGAGGGGAGCGUACAAACAUGUCGGGGGACACACCCGUAACAAGAGCGCGAGCGGUGCCUUUCCAUCCUCGCAUGGAAGCGAAAACCCGUCUUCUGUGUCCAUUCAUCCUGUGGCCAAAGAGGACAGAGAGCCUGCUGUUCCUGCUCUCCUCUCUCUGAUUCUCUGCCUCAUUCCUGGACAGUCUUUCAGUAUGACCUGUGACUCUUACUGGCAGGAGCGGGGGCGGGGACUAGACACUGAUAGCAGACAGAUGGACUCGGUUCUAUAUGCAGAGUUUUUAAUGUGGAAGGAGCACCCGAGUUUAGACCACUCCUCCGCCUUCCUGAGUCGCAUCUACAGAGAAGACAUUGGACCGUGUCUCUCCUUCACAAGAUCACAGCUGUCCCAGUUGGUGCAGAGCGCCGUGGAAAACAACUCCCUGACUAUCGAGCCUGUGGCCAUGUCAGCGUUACCAAUGGUUAAAGCCUCAGCGAUAGAGUGUGGAGGCCCCAAUGGCUUUAGGGCAGCGAUAGAGACGAAAUGUGCAUUAAGUGGCAUGUCGCGGCUCUGCCGACAUCGCAUCAAACUCGGCGACAAGGGGAGCUACUAUUACAUCUCUCCCUCCAGCCGAGCUCGGAUCACAGCAGUUUGCAACUUUUUUACCUACAUCCGCUACAUCCAGCAGGGUCUGGUGAGAAAUGAUGUGGAGCAGAUGUUCUGGGAGGUGAUGCGUCUCCGCAGAGAAAUGACUGUGGCCAAAUUAGGUUUCUACCUCACUGACCAAGGCUAGGAGUAGCGUGAUCCCAGGACCUUGAUUAUUCAGAUACAUUCUGAGUUUAACUGUGGUAGCAAAAGGUCUGCUUAGAUCAGUUUUUGUAGCAGAGGCUGUACAGAGUUGAAACACCGCAGCACAGGUCAACCAACAAGGGAAGAGGAAAAUUCUCUGGUGCCACUUUCAGUUAUCUCAUGAGAAAAUUUUAAUUGAACCACAGCUAAAUACAUUUAUUUUGGGAAAUAAACAAACAAACAAAAAAAACAGUGUUACUUCAAGAAAUGCACAAUAUAUUAUUCCGUUUUACUGCAGGGCUUCAUUAUUUCUCUCCACUAGUGGUGGAAGUUGUUUUUCAUCUUGUGAGUCUUACAACAUUAUAAAACAAUUGAGAUGGAUAGUUGGUCUAUUAUCUCAAAUAUUACAUAGUGGGACAACAAUAUGUAAGAUGAAGGAUACAUGAGACCAACAGUAUCCAUGUAGUUUCCAUAGAACAGCGAUCAGGGCUGCUUUUACGUUAAUACAGAACAGAUACACAAGCAUCUAUAGCUGCUCUCAGUUCUGGGCUGAGAUGUCUAAGUAUAUCACUUUCACUGAGCUGAUGCACUCUUGCACCACAUGUUUGUUCUAGAGGCCUUGUGUGGAAAACCCAAAUGAAACAAGACAUAGUUCAUGCCUGUACGUUAUCAGAUAUGUUAUUAUUGAAGUAUUAUUCCACAUUCAAAACAGCGUUACAUGAACAAGCUUUAAGACAUUAUCACAGUAUACACACUACUGCAAUGAACUGUAGUGUGUACAUGACAGCGUAAGCCAUAAAUGACUAUGCAUGAAUGCAGUACUUAACCAUACUAUGCGUAUAUUUUAUUUUAGUUAUCUUGCCAUAAAGUGUCAUAAGUAUGAAUCCGUUUUUACAAAAAAAGAAAACGCUUUUUGAAAGUUAAAAUGAAGACUUAUCAGGAAGUGCAAUAAUCGCCUCAUCAAUGGCUCUGAGGUUCUUAUCCUGGAAAAAACCUGUGUCAUCCAUUCAUUCUGCAUCCAUGUCAACACUCCAUUAAAAACAAGCCUUUAUACCA